AUGGAGAACCAUAAGCAAGAACAAAAAGAACAAGGAGAGCUAACAAUAUUCAAAGCAAGAGAGUUACUUCCAUCAAACAUAAUACACGGAAGUUUGGUUUACUAUCUUCACAAGAAGAAGGCAGCAUCAAAUCCUAAUCUGUUAGGUGCCCUUAAGAGCUUUCCUGGAAUGCCGAGGGAGUUCUCAUUCCAAGAUCUAAAGAAGGCCAUCAAUAAUUUCAAUAAGAAGUAUAAGCUUGGUCAAGGUGGUUUUGGUGUGGUCUAUAAAGGUGUGCUGCUGAAAGAAAACAUUCAAAUUGCCAUCAAGAAAUUCUCUAGAGACAACAUCAAAAGUCAAAAUGAUUUUUUGUCUGAACUUACUAUCAUUAACUGUCUCUGCCAUAAACAUCUUGUUCGGUUACUUGGACAUACGGAAUUAUUUUACAGCAAGUUGUUCAAAAAUUCCUACCAUUCGAAUAGGAUAUAUCCCGUGAGCACAAAGAAUAGUGUUGCCGCUGGGUGA